GUUCGAAAGGAUAAACAUGCGAAUUCCAUUGUGAUCGCAUGCUUGAAACGUUUAUUGCCGGUUGGUUUGAAUGUUUUCGGUGGUCGUGAAUUGGAUAUUGUACAACAAACCAAGGAGAAGUUCUUGGCGAAGGAGAAUGAGGAGAAAAUUCGUGAAUUCAUCAGAUCACUUCUCGAUAUUCCCGUCAAGAACGAUCCAACCGACAAGAAUGCGUGGCAGUUGAAUUUGUAUCGUAAAAUCGGUAAGUCACAAAUGCGCGGUAAAGAGGAGAUGACCCACGAUGGUGUGGUGGAGAAAAUUAUUAAUAUGGGACAAGUGGUCGCGAUUCUUCACGUUGUUAGUCUUUUGUUGGAUUAUUCGUUUAGUGACACGGUGCUUUUAUUAUAG